CCCAGUGACGAAUAACUGCUCUAAAUUCCUGAUGUUAUGCAAUUAAGCUAUACCUUCUCGAUUUUUGGGACGCCAAAAGAUCAUCGAAAAGCCAAACCAUUUCAUGACCAUAUAUUUGCAUUUUCAAUCGUUGACAAUCAUAUAUGGUUUCGGAAUUUCCAGGUAUCUGUUCCUCAUAACGAGACUGAUAAAAUGGAUCGCGGAGGCUUGGAUAAAAUGACUCUCAUUGAGGUUGGUCCAAGAUUUUGUCUGAAUCCUAUCAAGAUUUUUGGAGGAAGCUUUGGUGGACCAACUUUAUAUUCAAACCCGCUUUACAUAUCGCCAAAUCAGGUAUGUUUCAAUUCUACCUUAUUUUUUGGGGACAUUUAG